AUGGGACUCUCAUUUACUUUUAACGCCACACAUGAGGCGGUGCCAGAAGAUGUCAAGGAUAAGGUGGAGCCGAUUGAUUACAUGCCUGCACCGGAGGACGAACGUCCUCAGGGUGACCGUGUUUGCGCUAACUGCGGGGAACCGUACUUUUAUUACUUUACGACGAGCACAAACUGUAACUGGUGCGGCAGACAAUUCUGUACGCGCUGCUGUCCUAACCGGCAUCUUCUGGGGGGUAAGCCGGGUUGCCCUGAAUGCACCCGCAAAGCAUAUUUGAUGAAGCGGAAAGAGUUGCUCAACGAUCAUCUGGCGGCAUUUCACAUGUCAACUGAUAAAGUAGCGGAGGUCAAUGUUGCCUUGCAAGAAUAG